AAAUAUUUAGGCUAAGUCCUCGUUUGAGCGUGCAGUUCAAACAGGAGAAGGCAGAGAUUUCUUACCUUUUCCAGACGUUGGCUAUCUCCAGGGGGCUUUCCAUACAACACAGGGUAUUGUCCACAUUUCUUCAGAGACCACAUACUGAAUGCACUCAAGUGAUUCCACAUAUAAACAUUGUACCCUAGUGCAACACAACCCAAUGUCCCUGAUGCAUUCAGUGCACUUUUACAUUGGAGGGCAUUCAUGGAACUGUUUUGGACUGAGGCCUAUUCGAAUCGAAUCUCAAAAGUCAAGCAAUAGAUUUUGUUCUUGUGUUGUGGGUGUCUGCAAUGUUUGAGAACUGAGUGAUGGUGGUGGAACUGAAGGGUAUGUUCAUGUUCUGGCACAGAGGAUGAAACAAAUGUUUCCAGAGGCACCCCUUAGAUUCAGAACCUCUCAUUCUUUCCUUUACUUGAGCUAAUUUUGCUAUUAGACUUCACUGCUACUCUGGUAUGCCAGUUUCCCCUUUAGCCUACCGCUCAGAAGACUGUGCCAGGUCUCCAGUAAAACAAAGUGAAUCUGAACACACUGUCUCUGAGGCUUUUUCUGACUUACAAAACAAUGGAACUGUGAAAUUGAAUGCAAUGAAACUGUACAAAACGAUUCAGUUCGAUGAAAGGUUAAGAUAAUGACAGCCUAGUUCUAUAGUAUCCAUCUCUCUAGAACUACUAACGAGUGUUUUUGCUCUUCCUCAUGCAAAGCCUCUAAUUAUUAUAAGAAACCUGGGCACACUAACAAGGUCUGUCCUGAGGAGUUAUAGUACAUCAUGUGAGGAGAAUAUUGUCUAGGUCCUACUUUCAAAAUCCAAAGGAAUUGAUGAUGGUGUUGAGUUGUGGAGACUUUAAGAAGGGAAAAGGAGGUAUGGGGGAGGGGAGCUACUUGUUUUGGAAGAAAUCUGGAACCUAUAAACUUGGACAACUUAUACGAAAAAGAACGGCAGAAUAUCCUCAUCUGAUUGGUCAACCCACGUGCCUUUGUCUCCGCCUCAUCCCUUUACCCUUACCAAUCACAAAACGCAUUCUCUUCCUGUUAUGCUUGGCCUGGCUGUGCCUUAGAACCCAUCUGGACCAAUCUGUGGAACAGAUGGGUGGGAACUUACAAGUUCCAUCCUCUUUCUUCUUUAAAAAGCCAGAUGCAGGUUGGCUGCUGUCUUACAUUGAGCUAGGAUACUGGACGCAACUGCCGUUCUGAAUGUAGCGAGCAGAUUGUAUUGUUAAAUUGUUGUCAUGUCUAGAUAUGUAGGCAACAUAUGGAUUUCCAAUACUGAGAAUUGAUUAUUUUUCCAUUUGCUUUCUAUUGCUAGCAGACCUGGCAGAUCACUUCUGGUAUUUCUAUAUACAGGCUUGCCAUAGAACAGAGAAACUAAAGGAGGCAUAGCCCAUUAGAGGCCCUGAAUGAGAGAACAGAGGAGUGGGAUAGAACAGUGUAGCUGUAGAAACAGGGUUAGGUAGAUAGACUGCCAUGAGAGAGGAUCCGUCAAGCUGUGGUGAAUACCCUGAGGGAGGGGUGGUGUCCAGCGAGGAGGAGCCAGACUGUGCUCCAAACAAAUGCCCUGUGGUGGUGGUAACACCAGGGGCUGGCGGGCGCAAAAGGGUCACCAGGAAAGACAACAUUUCAUCGCCAACAGAGGACAACAAGUCAACGACAGGAGGGCCUCCCAGUCUGAUCCCAUCAGGACCCAAGAGGCCUAAGAAGAGUCCCCAGCCCUCCCUGUCUCCUCUCCCCAUCCCAGGCCAGCCCCUGGAGGACCCUCAGCACCAACGGGUGGUCGCCAAUGUACGGGAGCGCCAACGGACGCAGUCCCUGAAUGAUGCCUUUGCCUCGCUUCGUAAGAUCAUCCCCACGCUGCCGUCAGACAAGCUGAGCAAGAUUCAGAUCCUGAAGCUGGCCUCACGCUACAUUGACUUCCUCUACCAAGUCCUGCAGAGUGAUGAGAUGGACGCCAAGCUGGCCAGCUGUAACUACCUAGCCCACGAGAGACUCAGCUAUGCAUUCUCAGUGUGGAGGAUGGAGGGGGCCUGGUCCAUGUCCGCUACCCACUAGCCCUCCCACUUACCUCUCUAACACCCUCUCGCCCUCCCCUCCUGCCCCCUCGCCCUCCCACAGCUGUGCCCUCCGGACCAAAUCUCCCAUGACCUCUGACCCCUGCUCUCUGACCCUCAUCCUCACACCAUCUAACUC